AUGUGAUAUACGCAUGCGCGUGAGGUAUUGGAGUGCCUGGUUGUAUAGGUUUGGUGGUUCUGUGUAUGCAUGUCUCCGUUUGUGUGUCUCUUCUGUGUGAGAUUCGUUUGGCGUGUAUGGAACUGAGAAUUUGAGGAAUUGAAUUGGAUGAGUGAAAUUUGGGGGAGAAUUUGAAUUUGGAACCCUAAUUUUGAUUGUGUUGGUGGUUAUUAUUUUAUUGGAGGAACGCGAACCAUGACGUUGUUGGACAGAGAGCUCGUUUUUCUCAUACUCCAGUACUUAAAUGAAGCGAAUGAAGGGAAAUACAAGGACACUGUUCACAGGUUGGAAAAAGAUUCAGGGUAUUUCUUCAAUAUGAGGUAUUUUGAGGAUUGCGUGAACAAUGGUGAAUGGGAUGAGGCGGACAGUUACCUGAGUGGAUUUUGUAAGGUUGAUGAAAGUAGAUACUCAACGAAGAUUUUCUUUGAGAUUCGGAAACAAAAGUACUUUGAGGCCCUUGACAGGCAUGACUAUGCUAGAGCUGUCGAGAUUCUUCAGAAGGAUUUGAAAGUUUUCUCGACAAUCAACGAAGAGAGGUUUAAGGAAAUGACCCUGCUUCUGUCGUUGGGGAAUUUUAGGGAGAAUGAGGAACUAUCAGAUUAUGGUGAUAUUAAGUCUGCCAGGGCUGUUAUACUUACUGAAGUAAAAAAGAUAAUUGAGGCAAGUCCACUUUUCCGUGAUAAGCUGCAAUUCCCCAAGUUAAAGAACUCAAGGCUGAGUACACUUAUCAAUCAGGGUUUAAAUUGGCAGCAUCACCUUUGCAAUAAUCCUAGGCCAAACGCUGACUUUAAAACUCUAUUUUCGGACCACAGUUGUGGACAUAUUGCUUGUGCUCCUUCCCCUGCAAUUAACCCUAUAAUGGGAUCCAUUGCUAAAGUACGUGGUUCGAGAAAAAAAAAAGUAGGUGGCUUCCCACCAAUACGUGCUCAUGGUCCAUGCCAGCCUGCACCAGCACCUCUUACAACAUCUCUCUCUGGAUGGACAGCUAACCCGUCCUCUGUUCCGCACCAAACAGUUUCUGCCAGACCAAGAGGUCUAACAGUAUCCAAUAAUGCAUCAUCUUUGCUAAAGCACCCUAGAACUCCUCCCACUAAUAACCCAAGAAUGGACUAUCAAAUUGCAGAUUCUAAACACGUGUCCAAGAAGAGAUCAAGACCUUUGGGGACGCCAGAUAAGGCCAAUAAUAUGUCUGUUAAUGUCUUUCCACACACAUAUCCUGGCCAGAGCCAUGCCGAUACCCUUCACUCUUCUGAGGACUUGCCGAAGACUGUUAUUUUCAGUUUGAGUCAAGGUUCAGCUGUCAAGAGCAUGGACUUUCAUCCAGUGCAACAGACUCUGCUUCUCGUUGGAACAAAUAUUGGCGAUAUAACAAUUUGGGAGGUAGGCAGCAGAGAGAGGCUUGUUUCUCGGAAUUUCGAGAUUUGGGACCUUGAUGCAUGUUCAAUGGCUCUGCAGGCAUCUGUGGCUUUUGAAUACACUGCAUCAGUCAAUCGUGUUAUCUGGAGUCCUGAUGGUUCCCAUAUUGGUAUUGGAUAUUCCAAGAGUGUAGUGCACAUAUAUUCCUAUCAUGGUGCUGAUGAUUUACGGAACCAACUAGAGAUUGAUGCUCAUGUUGGUGAAGUUAAUGAUCUUGCCUUUACUCACCUAAACAAACAAUUAUGCAUCAUAAGUUGUGGAGAGGACAGGACCAUCAAGGUCUGGGAUGCUGUCACUGGCAAUAAGCUGUAUAGUUUUGAAGGUCAUGAAGCACCAGUUUAUUCUGUGUGCGCACAGAUGAAGGAAAACACUCAGUUCAUCUUCUCUACAGCCGUUGAUGGGAAAAUCAAGGCAUGGCUCUAUGAUAACUUAGGUUCAAGAGUUGAUUAUCAUGCUCCAGGCCAUUCGUUCACAAGAAUUGUCUAUAAUACCGAUGGAACGAGGUUAUUCUCAUGUGGGACUAAUAAAGAAGGAGAAUCAUACAUUGUGGAAUGGGAUGAAACCCAGGGGGCUGUAAAGCGAACAUAUAAUGGGCUUGGGAAGCGAACUCUGGGGGUCGUGCAGUUUGAUACAACCAAGAACCGAUUCUUGGCUGCUGGUGAUGAGUUCCAAAUUAAAUUUUGGGACAUGGACAAUGUGAACCUGUUGAAUGCUACUAAUGCGGAGGGUGGAUUACCGGCUUCUCCUUGUUUGCGAUUUAACAAGGAAGGAAUUAUGCUGGCUGUUUCAACAAAUGAGAAUGGUAUUAAAGUACUUGCAAAUGCCGAUGGUGUUCGUCUUUUGCGGUCAAUUGAGAAUCGUGCAGUUGAUGCCUCUGGGAUGGCUUCUGGAAAUGCUGUGAAGGGACCCAUAAUUGGCACAUUUGGUGCUUCCAGUUCUGUUCAUGGAACAAACAAUGGGGUUGCAAAUAGAAGUCAAAUGUCUACAGUAGUUGGUCUGAAUGGAGAUGCUCGAAGUUUGGACAAGAAUUCAAGGGUUGCUGAGGAGUUAGAGAAACCUAAAACUUGGAAGCUAACUGAAGUUAAUGAACCAUCUCUUCUUCGUUCCAUACGGCUUCCCGAUGCUUUGAACCUGAUUGUUAGGUUGAUAUAUGCAAACUCAGGAGGGUCUAUAUUGGCAUUGACACAUACUGGGGUACACCGACUUUGGAAAUGGCAGAAGAAUGAGCAGAAUGUUUUGGGAAAAGCAACUACCAUUGUGCCGCCUCUGUUAUGGCAACCUCACAGUGGUAUAUUGAUGAUGACCAAUGAUAUAAUCGAUAGAAAUCUUGAAGAUUCGGUUCCUUCUUGCCUUGCUCUUUCCAAUAAUGAUUCUUAUGCUGUGUCAGCAUCAGGAGGGAAAAUUUCUCUUUUUAAUAUGGUGACAUUCAAGACAUUGGCAACCUUUAUGCCUCCACCACCUGCAGCAACAUUUGUUGCUUUCCAUCCUGUGGACAAUAACAUUAUUGCCGUGGGCAUGGAGGAUUCUACAAUUCACUUGUUCCAUGUCCCGAUUGACACUGUCAAGUACAAGAUCAAAGGUCAUCAGAAGAGAGUAACUGGCCUGGCCUUCUCCACUGUUCUGAAUGUUCUUGUAUCAUCAGGAGCUGAUUCUCAGCUGUGUGUGUGGAGUCUGGACGGAUGGGCAAAGCAGGCUGGUACGUUCUUGCAGAUUCCCACUGGUCGCGUGCUUACACCUCUUGCUCAGACCCGAGUUCAAUUUCACCAAGAUCUGAUACAUCUGCUGGUAGUACAUGAAACUCAAAUAGCCAUAUAUGAAGCAUCAAAGUUGGAGUGCCUUAAGAAGUGGGUGCCACGACAAUCUCUUGGUCCUAUCACAGAUGCUACAUAUUCUUGUGAUAGCGAGUCAAUCUAUGCGAGCUUUGAGGAUGCAAGUGUAUUUGUUCUAACUGCCUCCACGCUACGAAUCAGAUGUCGGAUAAGCUCUGCCGCAUAUAUACCGUCCAAUCCCAGCGCGAGGGUGUACCCUGCUGUAGUCGCGGCUCAUCCAUCUGAGCCUAAUCAGUUUGCAGUUGGACUCACUGAUGGGGGAGUUGUUGUUAUGGAGCCGCCAGAAUCAGAGGAGACGUGGGGUACUAUGCCUCCAGUUGAGAAUGCAGGGCCUAGUGCUGGCGCUGCAGCUGGUUUGGAUCAACAGCUAAGGUGAUAGUGAUCUUGAGGCAUUCAACUAAUGACUGAUUUUGAUCCACAAUUUAAUUCAAGUGGAUCUACAAGUUUUUAGGUCGCACAGAGUGUAGGGUUUAGGCUUUUGGUGAAUAGGUCUUAGCUAGGGUUACAUGGCCGCUGAUCAUAUUUUGGGGAAUUCCCUACAUAUACAUAACAAAAAAGAGAAGGUAGAUAGAUGUUCAUAUCAUCAUACAAGAGGCAUCAGGAGAAGAGCAGCUGUUGUUACUACACACUAAUGAAUUUGGCUAUAAU